GGGUGGCCAGGCUGCUGUCGGCGCUCUUCUACGGGACCUGCUCCUUCCUCAUUGUGCUGGUCAACAAGGCGCUGCUGACCACCUACGGUUUCCCGUCACCAAUUUUCCUUGGAAUUGGACAGACAGAGUUUUGCUCUUGCUGCCCAGGCUGGAGUGCAAUGGUACGAUCUUGGCUCACUGCAACCUCCGCUUCCCUGGUUCAAGAGACUCUUCCACCUCAACCUCCUGAUUAGCUGGGAUUACAGGCACUUGCCACCAUGCCCAGCUAUUUUUGUAUUUUUUGAGAUGGAGUUUUGCUGUUGUUAUCCAGACUGGAGUGCAAUGGCACGAUCUCGGCUCACCGCAACCUCCGCCUUCUGGGUUCAAGCGAUCUCGGCUCACCGCAACCUCUGCCUUCGGGUUCAAGCAGUUCUCCUGCCUCAGCCUCCCAAGUAGCUGGGACUACAGGCGUGCACCACCAUGCCCAGCUAAUUUUUGUAUUUUUAGUAGAGACAGGGUUUCACCUUGUUGACCAGGAUGGUCUCGAUCUCUUGACCUCGUUAUCCACCCGCCUUGGCCUCCCAAAGUGCUGGGAUUAUAGGCGUGAGCCACUGCGCCUGGCCCCUUAUUUUUGUAUUUUUAAUAGAGAAGUGGUUUCGCCAUGUUAGCCAGGCUGGUCUCGAACUCCUGACCUCAGGUGAUCACCCACCUUGGCCUCCCAAAGUGCUGGGAUUGCAGGCAUGAGCCACCAUGCCUAGCUGAGAGUUUGAUUUUUUUUUUUUUUUAAACAGAGGCCAGGCUGCAGUGCAGUGGCACGAUCUCGGCUCACAGCAACCUCUGCCUCCCAGGUUCAAGAUAUUCUCCUGCCUCAGCCUCUCAAGUAGCUGUGAUUACAAGCGCACGCCACCAUGCCCAGCUAAUUUUUGUAUUUUUAGUAGAGACGGGGUUUCACCAUGUUGACCAGGACGGUCUUGAUCUCUUGACCUCGUGAUCCACCUGCCUCAGCCUCCCAAAGUGCUGGGAUUAUUGGCGUGAGCCACCGCGCCCGGCCGAGAGUUUGAAUUUUUACAUCAAAUCUUCAAAUUCAUAAAUGCUGGCAACUGAUUCAAAUUUUACAAAACUCCCUAUGUGCCAAACAAAACGUUUGCAGUUUGCUUCCUGGAGUUUGUGAUUUUUGCUCUGAAGUACAAGGAUGAGUUUGGAUGGCAGCCACCAUAAUGAUACUAUAUGUGUCCAAGCUAAAUAAAAUAAUUCACUUCCCUGAUUUUGAUAAGAAAAUUCCUGUAAAGCUAUUUCCUCUGCCUCUCCUCUACGUUGGGAACCACAUAAGUGGAUUAUCAAGCACAAGUAAAUUAAGCCUGCCGAUGUUCACUGUGCUCAGGAAAUUCACCAUUCCACUUACCCUACUUCUGGAAACCAUCGUUCUCGGGAAACAGUAUUCACUGAGCAUCAUCGUCAGUGUCUUUGCCAUUGUCCUCGGGGCUUUCAUAGCAGCUGGGUCCGACCUUGCUUUUAACUUAGAAGGCUAUAUUUUUGUAUUCCUGAAUGACAUCUUCACAGCAGCAAAUGGAGUUUAUACCAAACAGAAAAUGGACCCAAAGGAGCUAGGGAAAUACGGAGUGCUUUUCUACAAUGCCUGCUUCAUGAUCAUCCCAACUGUUAUUAUUAGUGUCUCCACAGGAGACCUGCGGCAGGCUACUGAAUUCAACCAAUGGAAGAAUGUUCUGUUUAUCCUACAGUUUCUCCUUUCCUGCUUUUUGGGGUUUCUACUGAUGUACUCCACGAUUCUGUGCAGCUAUUACAAUUCGGCCCUGACGACAGCAGUGGUCGGAGCUAUCAAGAAUGUAUCUGUUGCCUACAUCGGGAUGUUGAUCAGUGGAGACUACAUUUUCUCUCUGUUAAACUUUGUAGGGUUAAAUAUUUGCAUGGCAGGGGGCUUGAGAUACUCCUUUUUAACACUGAGCAGCCAGUUAAAACCUAAACCUCUGGAUGAAGAAAACAUCCAUUUGGAUUUGAAGAGCUAGAGUCUGCAGCAGGAUGUAGACUGACUUGUGACUGGGGUCUGGGGGUUAUUCCCACUAGGAAUGUGAAGCCAGAGGUUUCAGAUUUGGGACAUCCACCCCCGGGGCAAGCGAGAACAUCUGCAAAAUGCAAAGAACUACCUCAUACGCCCGCACCACGAGCCACUGGCAGCCCUGAGAAAUGUACUUGGGCCGCACCUUACCAGUGGAAAGCAAAGCUUUUCAAAAGAAGCUAUUGGGACUUGGUAGGUGGAGCCCAGGUGCUCUUCUAGGGACCGAUGGCACCUUCGUGCCAUGUGCUGGGAGGAGGUCGAUGUAAUGGUGACUCUUUUCUGAUUAGCACCUCAGCCAUGAUUUGCAAGGUCCCAGUCACAACAAAGGGCCAAUUGUUUCAGUUUAAACAGACAUGUCUUUAUUUUAAUAAAAUUAAUCAGUUGACUGCCACUAAUUUGUUAGCUUCAAUGAAAGCGAUGUUGGUAUCUUUUCCUAAUCAUCAAAGUACAAUAAAAAAAAUAUUUCUGGGUAUGU